AUGCAGUGUAACGCCGAUCGCGAACCGCCAGUCCGACCUGCUCUGCCUGCUAAGAGUGACAGCUUGGCUGGUAGCGGCAGCGGUGUCCCGAGGGUGAAGAGGGAGGACGGUGGUGGAUCUGGGGUCGUCCAACAUCCACUAUCGUCGAAGCGGACCGUCUGCGAUCACUGUCGUAGGAGGCGCAUCCGAUGUGACGGCCAGUUCCCUUGCCAGCAAUGCGCCAACGCGACACUUACAUGCAAGCGAGAACACGUCCCCAAGAAGCGUGGUCCAAAGAGAGGUCAUGGACGUGUCAUCAACGAGCUUCGGGCUCGAGAGAAGGCACCGCGGGACCCCGACAGCGCAAGCAACUCAGACGCCGAGAACGAUGGCUCUUUCUCUCCAUCUAGGUCGGCGGCACCAACGGCAUCAUUGUCGCCCCGGGAGUCAUUCGUCCCACGGCUCAGGACGUCGGUAUCAUCAUCAUCGGCAUCGGACCACCGCUACGCGGCAGAACCCCAGUCGCCGUUCUCGUCAGACGCCUUCCGACCAAACAGCCGUUGCUACUUCCAUCUGAUCCCGCGAUGCGUCGACCUGUACUACGAGCACAUGUACCCCAUCAUGCCACUCCUGUAUAUGCCCAACUUGCGGGCGACCGUAGCGCGACCACUGACGCCGUCCGACAAGAACCUCGUCUACGCGCUCUGCGCUCUGACGUCCUUCCACAUGUCGGGCAAAUCGACCUCGCCGCCAGGACCGCCGAGCUGGGAGAUGGUGGGACGUUUCUUCCUGGACGAGUGCAUCUCGGUGCGGCAGAGCUACGACUUUGUCGAGGACCUGUCGCUGUCCUCGGUCAUCUCGAGCUUCUGGCUCAGCACCAGCUUCUUCGAGAUCAAUCAGAACCGCAAGAGCUGGUAUUACCUGCGCGAGGCUAUGACCCUGGCAUUGGACCUGGGCUUGCACGACGACGCGACGUACGUCGAUAUGACUUCCGAGGAGGUGCUGUGUCGACAGCGCGUUUUCUGGAUCCUGUUUGUGACGGAGAGGAGCUUUGCCAUCCUCAGGAACAAGCCCCUGACCCUUCGGAAGACGCCGAGGCUGCCGACGCGCGGCCAUGACUACGAAGGGCCGGAUAUUCACUCGGGGUUUAUGAAGCUGGUCAAUAGCUACAUCCCGCUGGACGAGAGCUUCGUCAAUGCGUGGAAUGAUGGGAGUGACCCGAGGGUAUCGGCCGCGACGUAUCUCAGUCUGCAGCGGAUAUUUGCGCAGCCCCUGGACUUCCUGUCGCGACUAAGGAGAAAGAACCAUCCGACCGGACUACUCAGCUCCUACAAGAAUGAAGACGAAGAGGUCGAAAUUUCUGAGCCCACGGCGAUUCAGAAGGCAGACCUGCUCAUGACCCAACAGUGGCUACGUCUAAUCAUCUGGCUAUCAGCUUUUCGGCAAGGUCUGUUGUCGACGGCGUCACCUGAGGAGAGCAUGAAUUUCUCGUUUCCUCUCUCGAUUGCCCGAGAUACCGCUGCAGCUCUUCAGUCUCUGCCGAGUUCCGCCAUCGAGGUGCAUGGAAUGGGCAUAUUUGAGAAGAUCUUCGAGAUCGGGACCUGGUGUGUGAACGUUUUGGGGGCGUACGACGCCGGUUCCAGCAGCUCCCGCGGGCCUUAUGGGAGAGCCACGAAUAACACUGCGGGAAUGGAUCUCGUGAGAGGCGACCUGGGGCUCUUGGGUCAAGGGGGGAGAUUAGGCGCACAUACGGACCCUCUGGAGUUCUUCGUCAAGACCCUGAGCUUGAGUCCCAACAGCCGCAAAAUGUUUGCAGAGAAGCUGCUUAUGUUCGCGGGUGAUACUCCUGGCGGGCUACGGACAUCUUUGAGUCCGGCUCCGUCCACACUCACAACAUCGAGCUCCGGCACUGAAGGCAGCAGGCGGGGAGACGGAGUUCUUGUGGAGGAAGCCAGCGACGACGUCAACGCGUAUGAAGUGGUCAGUCCUUCGCCCGUAAGAGCAAACCAUUGGCAGACGAUAGGGGGAGAUGCGAUGGAAGGCGUUAUAGCAGGCACGAUAUAUGGAAAUACCCAUCAUGAUUCAGGCGCCGGCAUGGGGACAGGAUUUACAGCCAGAGGCUCAGGGGUCCACCGUAUCGUGCCGGAUAUUCCAUUCCUGGCUGGACUAUCACCUAUGUCCGCCACCGGCGCAAAUUGGACUGGCUACGAGUUCGGAAGCAUUCAUUCCCAGGCGCACACUGGCUACAUGCGAGCCAGAUUGGGACCGAUACCGGCACCACUCGGAGCUUUCAUGGGCGGCACCGGUGUGCCGCCAGCGGGCUACACGGAUGGGCAAGGGGCAAACGGUCAAUACGGACAGUCUAAGAGGUUCUCAAGUUCUAACGGCAUUUUGGGAGUCUGGUAG